AUGGGCUUGCUCGACAAGUUGCGGGCCAAGUACGACAUCUACAAGCUCGAACAACGAUACACACAGCGCAACAAGCGAACAACAUUCUGCUCCAAUGCCAUCUAUGUUGACGGAGAGUAUCAAUACCAGCCUUCGCCGACGAGCAUGAAGUCUUCAACGAGCAGUUUCGGCAGCAGUAACAGCAAGACUGGCAGCAACCGGAAGUCAAGGAUCAUCUUUUAA